UCACUCCAAGUUAAAUCUCUUCUACUGCAACAUUUCUUACAGGACCUUGUUUGCACACCAAGAAGAUUGCAGAGAAAGACGGUCUGGGUUUUCCUUUCAAUUCAGUCAUGAGACUUUCACUUGUCCUCGCUUCUCUUGUUUUCUUUUCUGCAGCAGACGUUAUCCUUAGUAAUGGUGUUCCUGACGUCGGCCAGCCAGGUAGCUCCUGUAGUCCUCUCGUGGUUGGCCAAGGUGUAAUUGUGCAGGAGAGUUGCACAAAAGCGCCAAGCCCUCGCGGAACCGUUUGUGACUUGGCAUGUCCGAACGGCAUGAAAUUAAUGGCACCCCCAUUUCAGCAGUGUGGAAAUGAGGGGAUCUGGACUCCACCCACUGGUUCCAUCCGUUGUGGAGAUAUUAAUGAAUGUGAAUACGAUAAAGGAGGCUGCAGUCAUGAAUGUGUGAAUGAUGUGGGUAGUUUCCACUGCACCUGCCCUCAUCCGCUGGUUCUAUCUGAUGAUAAACUCAAUUGUAGAGCUCCUGGUCUGCUCCUAAACUGCAGCACACAUGCUAUCGAGGUCACGGUCCCUAAAACAGCUUUGCGCGACCUGCAAGGAGACUUCCUUAGCCUCCUGGACCCAUCAUGUCCCGUAAUUGAGACACCCACACAUUACAUCUUCAAGACUGGAUUGGACAAGUGUGGUACCAAGAGACGCAGUACUAUGGACUUCAUCGUCUAUAGCAACAAAAUCGUGGAGAAGAAGGCUGCUCCUGGAAGCAUCAUUACGCGGGUUGGAGAGGAUGAAUUUGACAUCCCAUUUUGCUGUUAUUACUUGAACAACGGUAUCACCUCAGCGGUUGGAAUCAAACCAGUGGUAAAGCAGCUAUACAUCGAGGAAGAAGGGUAUGGCCGUUUUUCAAUCCGCAUGGAUUUCUACCAUGGUGAAGAUUACCAAGACGUUCAUUCGUGGAGUGACUUUCCAGUGGAGGUACCAUUCCGUGAGCGAUUGUACUUUGAAUUGUCCAUUGCUACUUUGGACCAAAGUCUCGAGAUUAUGGCGGGAAAUUGCUGUUCCACACCUACCGCUGACCACAAAAAAGUGGACAGGUUCAGGCAUGAACUUAUUCACGAAGGGUGCCCGGUCGAUGAUACAGUAAAGAUGGAAGAUUCACCUUCUCGACAGAAGAAACGCUUCAGCGUCGAAGCCUUCAAGUUUGUGGGUGAUUUCCCCUUCGUAUACCUCCAUUGCAGUGUAGUGGUUUGUAGAGCAAAUGAUUCCGACUCACGCUGUUCCAAAGGGUGUGUCCCAGGCCUGCACGUGAAUCCGCCAUGGGACGUAAUGGAGAAGCUGAAAAAGAAAGAGGAAGCGGAGCACCGAGCUAAGCGAGCCCUAGACUAUAAGGACCCCAACUAUUUAAUCUCAAAAGGGCCCUUUUCUUUAAACGAGGAAAGUUUAAACGAUGAACCUGUGAUUGAUCUGAAAGGACCUCAACGGGAUCAGUCUAAGUUGGAGGAAGAUGAACAAGGAAAAGACGAAGAAAAGAAAGGGUGGAACUCACGCGUGACAAACGGUCUAAUGAUUGUAAUUGCUGCAGCAAGUGUCCUCGCUCUCGUGGGUGUCAUCCACGUCACACGCGUGAUGAAACGCGGCCGCAAUUACAAGGUGGUCGAUCGGUUUUGAACAAUGGGACCUUUUACGUACUUUUUUCUCGAAAUUGCUCUCCAGAAGGUUCAAGUUGUGUGUAUUACGCAACCCGUGUCAGCUGAAAAGAGGAUCUUUUCCUUGAAAGCCAUCCUGUUUAUUUUCUUAAUAUAUUCAUAACUGAAUGUAAAAGUAAAAGAAAAAAAGAAAACUCUAAAAGUUUUUAUGCAAAAAACAACCAACUUGAAGUUUGAUAAUCUAAAUGCUGCCUUUCCUUAACAAAUAGUAGAACAAAAAGCAGAACAAGCGUUUUUCUGUUCAUUCUUUUGAAAAACUCUUUUACUUCGUUCCUUAUUGCGGAAAGGAAAUCCUAAACAUUAAAUACGAAUAACAAAUUCCUUUUUAAUAUUUAUGGCGGUUUCUUUUAUGUAAGUUCUAUUUUUUAUAUACUAAAUAUCAAACCAUUUUCUUUAAAUGAAAGUUACUUUUGUUAAAAAAGAGUUAAGCAGCAAUUUUUAGAUCAGAAUUGAUUUUGAAUCCAUAGUUCCUUAGAGGUAAAUACCUUUUAGAAUGUGCUAAUGUUACUCAAGGUAGAUUAAUAAAUGAUUCUGUAGAGCAAAGAAAAUAAAAUAACUUCCAAAGUUAA